UAUAAAACAUCUGUUGAGAGGAAUCUUGGGCGUUUACUACGAGCGCGUAUCUACAGAUCUGUGAGCUUUGAUGACCACCUUUCGAUGCGGAAGAGGAGCUUUUUACCCAAAAAGAGGAAUAAGAAGAGCUGUUUGUUAGCAGAUUACAGUGUAUUUGAGAUCGUCUUUUAAAAUGUGCAACGGCUGUGUGCAAAAGGAAUACCCGGACAGGGGUAACACCUGUCUGGAGAAUGGCUCCUACCUGAUGAACUACCAGUGCUGCGCCAGCUGCCAUCAGAGGGACUUUGUGCUGAUCGCCAAUAAAGCAACAGAGGAUGAGGAUGGAGAGGAGAUUGUCACAUAUGACCAUGUUUGCAAAAACUGUGACCAUGUCAUCGCCCGGCAUGAAUACACUUUCUCCGUUGUUGAUGAAUACCAGGAGUACACUAUGCUCUGCAUGCUGUGUGGAAAGGCAGAGGACUCCAUCAGCGUGUUGCCAGACGACCCCAGGCAGUCUGCUCCUCUCUUCUGAGUGUCACCACCGCGGACCUGUUCCUGGAGGCUGGCUUUGAAGAUCCAAUCCUUUUUAUUAAAUGCAUGCAAUAUUUUCUUCAAUGAGUACACCGUAUUUUAAAUCUUUGGCCGUUUAUAAACUACUGUAUGCUGAUAACAGUUAAGCAGGACAUAAAACUUUUUUAUAUUCCUUGGUGACAACAACAAAUAUUCUGUAUGUGAAUUGACAGUGUUCUGUAAAUAAACUGUUUUUAAUACGUUUUA